UGAGUAGAUGCUGAGUGUCAAAAUGCUCUGUCAUUAAUACCGUUAUCAUCAGUACGUGUUAAAAAAAGAAAAUAGGGAGAAUGUUGAAUUAGCAUUAUCAACAAAAUUUAUUAACUGGACAAGUUACGGAACUAUUUGGUGUUGAAUAUAACAUCAUUUUUUCGUAUUCUGCCGAUUACAAAAUGGUUUCACAAGUAAUGAGACUAGCGGGACCGUGUUCGAAUCAUUUUUGCAACUGAUGUAAAAUUACUCGUUUAAAAUUACUGGAUAGUAUUGAUAUGGAAGACAAGACAGGCUCAUUACGAACGUCAAAAGUCAAAAAAGCAAAAACUGAUGAAAGAGAGAUCGAAAUGAAUUCAAAAGACAAGGUAAAUUUUUUAUCACCAAGUAUAUUUCGUUUGAGAAAAGUUUACUUAUGGAACCUCCUAUUUGUGAUAGGCUUUGGAUAAAACGAGCCGUGAUCGAAGAGAUAAAUCUGCUCAAUUAAUAUAGAAGAAGUAGAGAAGAAAAAUACAGUGAAGAAAGGUGGAAAAAAAGAUGGAGUAAUAAAAACACAAGAGAAUGGAGAAGAGAAACGGAUGAGGGAAAAAGAGAAGAAGGCUCGAACAGAACAAUUACUCUCAUUUAUUCGUAACUAGACCUGUGCGCCGCGCCGCUGCCGCUGGAUAAGUUAGAUGUUUGCGCCGCCGCCGAAGGCGUCCAAGUUUUGUGGAGAAACUCGUCGUAAAAGCUUAUUUUAGCCACCGCUUUAAAUGAUCUUUUAGCCGUCGCCGCCGAUUGAAUAUUUUCUUUUAGCCGCCGCCGACGGCGAAAAUUCUUCUAAUAAGGUUCUGCCGCUGCCGCUGAUCGAAAAAGUUCUGUUACACGCCGCCGCCGAUUUUCCGACCGGCGCACAGGUCUAUUCGUAACUGGUCGGCAUUUUCCGAAGAUCGUGGUGCAAGAACAGCGCAAGAACAACAUGAAAUUCUGAAUUCUGGCGAUAAACAAAAUUAUGGCUAUGCUCGUACCCCACUGUACAAAAACUAUUUUGAAUAUGCACAAUCAUUUUUAGGUUUUGCUCCUUUUUCAGUCAUAUUUUGUUGUAGUUACAAAAAUAUUCCCGCCAAUUUACUACAUAUGAAAUUGAGAAUAGCAGAUAUUCUAUUGAAACAAGCAAUCAAAGCCGCUUGUCAACUUCCUGUAUCCUCACCAAUUAGGAUAGAUGAAGCCGAAUUGCAAUUAAAAGGUGCAUUUAUCUUUUUCACCGAAUUUUCAAAAGAAACCAAAACACACAUUCAAUUUCCACUAGAAAACAAUAAAAUCUGCGUUGCUAGUUCAAUGACUGGUGCGAGACACGAAAAAUUUACUCGUCGUAUACCAUUAGAAAUUAUUAUUAAAGACGAAGAAAAAGCAAAAAAAAUUUCUCAACUUAUCAAAGACUUUUUUGAUAUACUCGAUCAAUGUAAAAUCAGUACCAAUGCUCUACUAAAAGAAGAACAUGUGUUCAAUUUAAAACAGGGAUGUGAGCAAUGGGAUCUCGAUUAUGCUCGUCUUUUCGGCGUUGAUCAGAUUACUCCAAUUCAACUUUCCCAUCUCCGUGAAGCAUGGGAAAUAGGUGAUGACGCCAAUAAUUAUGAAACAUCGGAUGAUGAAGCGUAUGAUGAAAAUGGAUUUGGGUUCAAUGAUAUUUAUAAGAAGUCAGACGAAGAAAUCGAUUUGGAUGACAAAUAUAGUCAAUUACCAUCACAAGAAUUAGAUCUCAGCGUAUCUAAUGAUGUAAAACCAACGAAAUCAAAUGACAACUAUUAUUCUUCAAAUGAUUCUCUGCCAUCUAUAGCCCUUUCUUGUGAUCCAAUUUCAGAUCCAGAUAAUUCAUCAACUCCACCUGGUUUUUCCAUUAAUCAGUUGCAUUGGCCCGUGUGUUCAAUCGAAAAUUACAGUAUGACCGGAAGACGAAUGUAUCCAGUAACACUAGUUGAGUUUGAGAAUGAAAGUACUGCUCUUUGUGGACAAAUGGUUGUGUCUCCUUAUACAUGUGGUGCAGUCGACUAUAAGGGCAAAUAUGGUUUUGACAACAUACUUGUUUUAGCGUGA